AGAGAAUUGAGAAGAAGAGCAGAGACAUCGGUCUACACAGCAUCCAGUUUGAGCUCCUAACCGAGAUACAGUCAUGUUUGCAAUUCUUCUGACUGUAUCAAUGUUUAGCCAAGGUUUUACGAUGGUGAGCUAUGGAAAAAGUUUCAUCACAGCAUUUCCAGAGGAUUUAGGUUACUUUUAUCCAAACACUUCAAGUAGUCUGAGAGUCACCGCCCUCAUUGAUGGCACUUCUGUCAACAUCUUCUACAACGGCAACAGCACACCAACACAGACGAUAUCGAACAUACUGAAAGGCCGAACUGUAACUGUGGUGUUUCCAAAAUCUGCUGAAGUAUAUCAACUCAACUACUCCACACAAUCUAUCCGAAUCACCAGUAACAAAUACAUCGUAGUACAUUCUGUCAGUAGUACAGCUUUAACGAUUAAUGCAAUCUCUGCCCAGACCAAUGUUGUUCAACCUGAAGAAAAUCUUGGAAUGAAUUACCUGAUCCCUUCACUGAACUACACAAACUUUCUCACAACGUUUGGCAUAUCCCAGUCAACAAAAUACAACUCAUUCAGACUGAUCAUCAUCAAUGCUGAGGACACAGAAAACAAUAUCACAAUAGUCAAGAACAUAUCAGACAAAAUUCAAUUAGUAAACUUCACGAUCCCAUCAUUCCAACUUAUCCAGUUGCAGGCCGAUGAUUCAAUGAUGAUGGUUAACUCGAGUUGUAAAAUAGCUGUGCUGCUGACUCACCCGUGUCUAGAUAAAAAAAACUGUACAUGCAGCAUGAUAGUCAAUCAGAUUCUUCCUGUGAGAUUUCAGGGUCAGAACUUUGUUGUGCCCCAUGUUCCAGAUAUAACCCAGAGACAGUUAGUUAUGACAUCAAAUGACAAUGCAGACUUACUAUCUCAAGACAAUACUCCAUUAAUUUCUAGUUCAUCAGGGUAUCUGUCUCUUCCGGAUCUGAACACUAGGUAUGUCACUGCUUUGAGUAACGUGUCUCUCAGACUGAUCAUUCCAGGACUUUUCAUUGAAUUGAUCCCAGAAAACCAGUUUGCUGCUUGCUACAUGCUGCCGUUCUAUUCAGACAAUCGGUGGGCGGUUGUGAUAACUAAAACAGACAGCAGAGAUCAGGUACGCAUAGGUACAAGUCAGCUUAUAAACCCAGACUGGUAUGAUAUUCCUUACACACAAUAUUCUAAAGUUAGAAUAAGUUUACAAAGCCCAAUGAACAUUAUCUGGCAUCCAAGCUCAAAGAUUGUUGUUUAUAUAGUGGAGUCAAUUGGCAACACAGUUUAUGGAGGCCCAGCUAUACCUAUAAAUGAACAGCCAGAUCCAAAUGGCUGUAUGCCUCCUGGAGAGUUUGUAGUUGGAGAUCAACCUCUUAAAUGGACUGAGUCCCUGGCUUACUGCACAAAACCUGAGAGAGAAUUUGCCUGUCCUAUAAAUAAAAACCUCCAGAUAGAGUUUGCCAGACAGGUUAACACAACAAAUGUGGAGGGUUGGAUCGGUCUGCGCCGUAGUCUAAUGACUACAGCCUGGUACUGGCAGACGAGUACAACAUCAGCAUCAUCAUCUGUGGAUUACGUUCACUGGGCCAAUGGGCAACCACAGGACAAAAAGUUUGAACUUUGUGCCUCACUGUCACUGAAUCGUACAGAUGAUUUUAAAUGGAAAAGUGCUAAGUGCUGUGAGAAAAAGCUUCCUGUCUGCUACAAACAACCAAAAAUCUUGCCUCUUUUAACUAUGACUUCUACAGUUUACAUUCCUUAGGAUCUUGUGUAUAUUUAUAAUAUAAUGAUACUGUAUAUCUUAGUGCAUUUCUUAAAUUUCUGGUGGGUGAUACUAAACAUAUAUGUAUAAUCCAUUAUUGUUAAAUUAUUCUUACUACAUUAAUCGUGAGAAAUAGAUUUGUAAUGCAUGUUCAAUGACAUUUCUAUUAGCCUUAAAAAAACAUGUUCAAAUUAGC